AUGGCGAGCAACGAAGCGGGAGCGAAAAGAGAACUUGAAGAACAACACACCCCAAACCCUCCGGCCCCGGGGCUGCGGGGGGAAGCCCGUCCCACUCACAGCCACGGGGACGACCCGCCGCAGCCCCUCUCCGGCCACGCGGGACGGCGAAGAAACGGCGGAACACGAGCAACCCCAACGCCGCCCCGCGAGGCACCCUCCCAGGCGCCAUCGGCAACUUUUCUCGUCUCCCCGCUGCCCGCUGACAUCCAGCCGCCUCACGGGGCUACAGCCGCGGGCGCGGGCAGCAGCAGCCCCCGAGCCGCUACCCGCGGCGCCUCCGCCCCGCAGCCGGCCGCCUCCCGCACGCCGCGCCCCCGCUACCCACCUCGGCGGCAAGGUGGCAGCGGGACCCCCCCUGCUGCCGCCGCUGCAGUAGCCGCUUUUUCCCCCUCUCUCCUCCUCCCCGCUAUGGUCGCCGCCUCUGCCCGGAGCCGGAUACAGAGAGAAACCGAUUCAUGUGGUUGCUUCCCUCGCUCUCUGCUGCUGCCGCCGCUGCCUCCCCCGGCUCAAUGCUCGGCAACGGCACCGAGGGGGGAAACGCCAGCAGCGCCGCGGGGAGAGGCAGCCCCGGCCGCCCCCGCUGGGAAACUCUCCGGGAAAGGCGGGGUGAGCCAGCCGGGCUCGCCCCCCCCCCCCCCCGCUGCCAAUCACAGGGGCUGGCCCCGCGCGGAUUGGGCGGCCCCGCCGCCAGCACCCCCCUCCGGCAGCCCGGGGCCGCUCCGCCGGAGGGCAGGACCCGCGCUCGCCCCGUCGCCGCCUGCCCGUCCGCCCGCCCUCCCCUUCCCUCGGACCGGGUUAUCGGUGGAUUCCUCCGCACGCUGCCGCCCCGCCCAGGCGCUCCCCGCUAACGCAGGAACCACUCCUCGCCACCCUGCUCCCGCGCCCGGCCGCAUCCUCCGCUCCUCUCCCCCCACACCCCCCACUGCCCCGGGGUCGGCGCAGCGCUGCUCGCACCGGACGGCACCUCCCGUUAAGCCCUUGGCGCCGCUCCCGUCGGGGCCCAUCGAACGGGGUGCCCUGGCCGGGGCGCGGGGCCAGGGCCGUCAGUGCACGCAGGAAGGGCGGGGGGGGGGGGAAACCAACGGUCGGUCGCGCGCGCCGUGA